CCAGGCAGGGCUGGUGCUGCUGCUGCAGCUGGUGUUGUCGAGCUGUCAAAGAAAAUCCAAACUGUCAACAACACAGUCUUUAUCGGAUACAUUUCCUCAAUCUGCUUUGUCCUGCUCUUCAGUGUCCCAGGUUUUUUUCAAGCACCAUGGACCUAUUAUGGGGUAGGCUGCACACCCCAUGACAUGUGGACCAAAGCAGGAUCGUGCCGCCUUGCACCUCUUCUGCAGCAACACAGCCGCCUGCUGUCAUGGCCUCCAGCUACCCGCCUCCCUUUGAGGGCACAGGUGAAGUGAAGGAGGGCUUUCUUUGCCCGCUUUGCCUGAAGGACCUUCAGUCAUUCUACCAGCUCCAAGACCACUAUGAAGAGGAGCACUCUGGGGAUGACCGCCACGUUAGGGGGCAGCUCAAAAGUUUGGUUCAGAAGGCAAAGAAAGCCAAAGACAAACUGCUGAAGAGAGAUGGAGAUGACAGACCGGAUACUGGCACUUAUGAGUCCUUCUACUAUGGUGGAGUGGACCCAUACAUGUGGGAGCCUCAGGAACUGGGCGCAACUAGAAAUCACCAGGACUUCUUUAAAAAACACCGCGCAGCCAGGAUUGAUCAUUAUGUCAUUGAGGUCAACAAGCUCAUCAUUAGACUGGAAAAGUUGACAUCGUUUGACAGAACCAGCUCAGAUGCUGCUAAAAUCAGAGCCAUUGAGAAGUCUGUAGUGUCAUGGGUAAAUGACUCGGAUGUCCCGUUCUGUCCUGACUGUGGAAACAAGUUCAACAUCCGUAACAGACGGCACCACUGUCGCCUCUGUGGGUCCAUCAUGUGUAGGAAGUGCAUGGAAUUUGUCCCCUUACCUUUGGCCCAGAAGCUGAUUAAUGGGACUCGAGAAGCCCUGUGUGUUCCUGGAAGUCCUGGUCAGUCCCAGUCUCCCCCAGCAGGAGGUGGCAGCAGUGGGAUGGGCUCCAGACGAGGCAGUAUCAGCAGCUUGAGCAGCGUAACCUCCAUGCUGGAGGAAAAGGAUGACGAGAAGAUCCGCUGCUGUCACCACUGCAUGGACACACUGCUGAAGAGACAGCAGAAGUUAGAAGAGAAGGACCAUGUGCCAGAUAUAGUAAAACUCUACGAGAGGCUGAGGAUGUGCAUGGAGAAGGUGGAUGAAAAAGCUCCAGAGUACAUCCGAAUGGCUGAGUCUCUCAAUGCCGGAGAAACCACAUACAAUCUUGACACUGCUGGUGGACUGAGACUAGAGGUCCAGAAAUACUACGAACUGAUUGAUGCUCUAAGUAAGAGGAUUUUAACACUGGGAGGGAAAAAUGAUCCACAACCGCAUCCAAAGGCGCUCCAGCUACAAAGAAUGAUCCGCUAUACAGCCACACUAUUUGUUCAGGAGAAGCUGUUGGGUCUGAUGUCUUUACCCACUAAGGAGAAAUAUGAAGAGUUGAAAGAAAAGAGGAAACAGGAACAAGAGAAGAGACUCCAGCAAGAGAGACUGGCAGUACAGGAGGCUCUGAAGAAGAGGCAGGAGUCAGAGAGGAACCGUCCACCUGCCAACACUAACGGAGAGCUGCCCCAGGCCCCGAGAGCCUCACGUAUGACCAAAGCUGGUGGGUGGUUGCCGUCUGCUGACUCCGUCCAUGCACGCAAUGAGCUGGAAGACCCCCUGCUGCAGCAGAUUGAGAACAUUCAGUCAUUCCUUCGUCAGGCGCGGGAGGCCAAGAGAACGGAUGAGGUAGCCAUGUUGGAGGAGAACUUGCGUCAGCUGCAGGAUGAGUACGACCAGCAGCAGACCAGUCUCGCUAUCGCUCUCUCCCAGAAACUGGCUGCGGAGGAAAGCUUGCAGCAGGGGGAGCUCAAUCGCCUGGAGGCUCGGGAAAGGGAGGAGAGGGGCCAAUGGGGCUCCACUGUGGGCUCCACCCAGCCUUCCUUCACAUGGGAGCCGUCUCUGGAUAUCAGCCCAGCCGGAGGCUACCAGGCAGAGGAAGACGAAGCAGCAGAGGAUCUGACUCCUAAAGCUGAGAGGAGUCCAUCAUCCGUGAGGGCGUUUCCUGCUCUCACAAGCCAGGAGGAGUCCCCUCCCAGACUUAGGAGCUUAGGAGGACAUGUAACACCCCCUAGUGGCGAGGGCCAAAACAGCACCUCCCUUAACCCCUUUGAAGAGGAAGACUCUACUCCCAUUGAGGAGGAUCCAUCCAAUCCCUUCUUUGAGGACAUCAAGAGGGAACACAAAGAGGUAACAAACGGGAAAAAAGAGUACAACCCCUUUGAUGAAGAUGAAGACACAGACGAGGGCAAACAGGCUGAGACCGUGUCUGGCAACCCCUUUGAGGAAGAUGACACUGACACAGAUAACCCUUUCAUGGAGGCCUCCGAGAGUUCACCAGGAGCCUCGACCAACCCCUUCGACGGCGAAGAUGAUGAUGAGGUUGAUGUGGACAUGAUAGAGGAGGAACUGCUGCUGCAGCAGAUUGACAACAUCAGGGCCUACAUUUUUGACGCAAAGCUCAGCGGCCGUCUCGACGAGGUGGAGCUCCUGUCAGAGAACCUUAGAGAGCUUCAGCACACCCUACAAGAACAGAAGAAAAAGAAGCACUGACACAUUCUCCUCAGAGUCUCCCCAGUUACCUGCUACUUACCAAGUCCUGCAAGGCAAGCUCACUUUACAUGACUAAUGAGCCCAAUGAGUUUAGUUUGGGUGAAGUCUGCUGCACCACAGAUUAGGUUCAUCCUAAAAUGAACUAUGUAUUAGAGCUCAGUAGUCUUGAGUAAUUUCCAAACAUCUUUCUAAACCACUUUGGGGUCGCAGAAGGCUGGAGUCCAUCCCAGCAUGCACAAUUUUUAAGCACUGAAAGUAAAAAUUCAUUUGUACAGGCAUGUUGAUGAAAAUAUUACUAACCCAGUUGUAAUAGUGCAAACAUGAACAAA